UAAAUUAUUUAAUAUAGACAUUUUAGUCUGUAAAUUUUUUAGAAAUUUAUUUCAAAUGUAUAAAAUAUAAAAUUCAAUUGAAUAUCAUAAAAAUUUAAGAAUUGAAAUUGAACAGAACAUACUGUAGAGAAUAGUAGGAUUACAAUCUUGGCUUAUCCUCUCAUGUUCUUACUCUAUUCCUCUCUCUCCUUUCUAAUCUCUUCCUCUGUUGUUUUCUUCCCACUUUCCUUCUUACCAAACAGGAGUUAAGACCUGUAAAUCCCAAGGACUCAACUUAUGGGUUGCAUGCAUUCAGAAAUGUCCAAUAAAGUAGCAAUCCGUUAUAUUUAUUGCUAAUGGAUGCUUCUAUUUAAACAACUUAUCAAAACGCUUUCGAUUUGGUACAUGUACUGCUUGGAAACUGAUACGCGUCAUAGUUGUGGAGUGCAACUUGUUACAGCCAUUAUUUCCUCGCAAUUCUCUCAGGAGCCCACUAGCGUGGAGAAAGUUAUGGAAAUUGAUGAGCAUAUUGGAUGUGCCAUGAGUGGAUAUGCAGAUGCUCAUGCACGUGUUGAAACUCAGAACCAUAGAUUCGCUUUUGGUGAGCCCAUGACAGUGGAGUCUGCAACCCAAGCAAUCUGUGAUCUGGCACUACGAUUUGGUGAAGGCGAUGAGGAAUCCAUGGACAUCACUCUUCAAGAGGGCGAGACAAUUGCACUUUCCAUUAUGAAGCAAGUUAUGGAAGAAAAGGUGACUCCCAACAAUGUCGACAUUGCAAGAGUCGCUCCAACAUAUCAUUUGUAUACCCCUGCAGAGGUGGAGUCUGUCAUUAGUCGCCUAUAAUAAGGAAUCACCAUGUCUUGAAAUUUCCUUCGACAUGACUUGUAUUCCAUCAAGGUCACUUGACACCGACUAAAUUAGCUUUAAAAAUAUCUUUCACCAGUUCUGAUGGAGACUCGAUCAACUGAAAGUCAUAAGAGUUCAAGGACCUUCAAUAGCCUGAGAAGCUACUAACGCGACCCACUUACCCUCACAAAGGGAAUGCGUCUACAGAACAUCCCAGCUGUGCAUUAUUUGGAGGAACAUAUAAAUGAUGUUUCUCUGAAACUAAAUAAAACCCACUGUAAAAAGAAUUGUUAUUAUUAUCUUUUGGAGAAAUUACUUCUUACUCUUUAAAAUUUGGUUCUGUCAAAUUGAGGUCUCUCCAUCUAUAUAAUUUGUCAAGUAUAUGGUGGAUAAAAUAUGGUAGAAGAAGAGAGAUUGUACUUUAAUUGCAAAAUUACUCUCUUCCUUGAUGUCACUUCUCUCUCAUUCUCAUUCUUCACCAUCAGUCUUAUGGGUACUAUCCCAUUUUGCCCUCACGAGUUUGUACAGAUCGAUCUACAAACCUCUUUCUUCCUUUCUUGGAUCUAUAAAUUCUCUCCUAUUCUUUGUCCAGAUUGAUCUGCAUACAAUUGCAAAUUUCAUGCCCAUUGACUGUAACGAAACUCGAAGUUCUCAUCAUGGAUUCAACCUCAUCCAUUGGAUACAAUAAAGCUCAGGUUUCAUCAUCGAUUCAAUCUUAUCUCUAUCGAUACCUAUCCCUAGGUCAUCCAUCAACUACAGCCUAGCUCACCUUCCAACACUGCUUCCUCUCUCUCGUAUGUCUUUGAGUGGAGUUACGAGAAAAUAGGGAAGUGAAAUUUGGUCUUCGUUUGGCAAUAGGGUCAUCAGCAGGAGAUGAUAGUCGCUCACAAUCCCUCGGUUUCAAAUCAAGAAUGUUAUAAAAAUUUAAUUAAAUCUUUUUUCAAAAAUAAAAAAUUUAAAAUUUGAAAAAUUUGAAAAAUUUUAGAAAAUGGGAGAGCAAAUAGUGGCUACGGGCGAAAUGACCCAUGUUUGAGGAAGAAUAAAGGAGAUAACUCGUUUGAUGAAAUAUUGAAGGCAAGGCAAUGCUGGAAACGUUUAAGGAAUUUUCCAAGAUAAUCAAGGGUAAU